GCCGCCGAGCGGAGGGCGGCCGCCGCAGUCGGCGCGGAAUCGCGGAGCCGGGCGCAGCCGGGAGCCGGGCGCCAGCGAGCACCGGGCCGUGGAGCAGCCACCGGCCCCCGCCUCCGGGCCGGCCCGAGCGCGCCCGGCCGGCUGCCCGCUGCCCCCGCCGCGCCUGGCCAACCCCCGCCCCGCGCCUCCCUCCGCGCCCCUUUAAUACUUGCCCGCCGCCGCAGCCGCCGCCACCGAGUCCGCGGACAUGUCCUUCCCGCAGCUGGGCUACCCGCAGUACCUGAGCGCCGCGGGGCCCGGCGCCUACGGCGGCGAGCGCCCUGGGGUGCUGGCCGCCGCCGCCGCCGCCGCGGCCGCCGCCUCGUCGGGCCGCCCUGGGGCGACGGAGCUGGGCUCGGGCGCGGGCGCGGCCGCCGUCACCUCGGUGCUGGGGAUGUACGCGGCGGCCGGACCGUACGCGGGCGCGCCCAACUACAGCGCCUUCCUGCCCUACGCCGCCGACCUCAGCCUCUUCUCGCAGAUGGGCUCACAGUAUGAACUCAAGGACAACCCCGGGGUGCACCCUGCCACCUUCGCGGCCCACACGGCGCCGGCCUACUACCCCUACGGCCAGUUCCAGUACGGGGAUCCCGGGCGGCCCAAGAACGCCACGCGCGAGAGCACGAGCACGCUCAAGGCCUGGCUCAACGAGCACCGCAAGAACCCGUACCCCACCAAGGGCGAGAAGAUCAUGCUGGCCAUCAUCACCAAGAUGACCCUCACGCAGGUCUCCACCUGGUUCGCCAACGCGCGCCGGCGCCUCAAGAAGGAGAACAAGGUGACGUGGGGCGCACGCAGCAAGGACCAGGAGGACGGCGCCCUCUUCGGAAGCGACACAGAAGGCGACCCCGAGAAGGCCGACGACGACGAGGAGAUCGAUCUGGAGAGCAUCGACAUCGACAAGAUCGACGAGCAAGACGGCGACCAGAGCAACGACGAGGAGGACAAGGCCGAGGCGCCGCGCGCGCCCGCAGCCCCUGCAGCCCUUGCCCGUGACCAGGGCUCGCUGCUGGCGGCGGCCGAUGCGCUCAAGCCGCAAGGCUCGACCCUGGGCCUGGCCAAGGAGGCCCCGGAGCCCGGCAGCACUGGCCUGCUGAGUUCCGGGGCCGCGGCGGGAGGCCUGCAGAGCGCGCCGCACAGCAAGCCCAAGAUCUGGUCGCUGGCCGAGACGGCCACGAGCCCCGACGGCGCGCCCAAGGCCUCGCCGCCGCCCGCGGGCCCCCCGGGUGCGCACGGGUCCCCCGCGGGCGCGCCACUGCAACACCCCGCGUUCCUGCCCAGCCACGGACUGUACACCUGCCACAUCGGAAAGUUCUCCAACUGGACCAACGGCGCUUUCCUUGCGCAGGGCUCCCUGCUCAACAUGCGCUCUUUCCUGGGAGUGGGCGCGUCCCACGCCGCGCAGCACGGCCCGCACCUGCCCGCGCCGCUGCCACCGCAGCCGCCCGUCGCCGUGGCCGCGGGCGUGCACCACGGCGACAAGGCCUCCGCCCGCAGCAGCCCCGCGCUCCCAGAGAGAGACCUCGUCCCCAGGCCCGACUCUCCAGCACAGCAGCUAAAGUCGCCCUUCCAGCCAGUGCGCGACAACUCGCUGGCCCCGCAGGAGGCAACGCCACGGAUCCUAGCAGCCCUCCCGUCCGCCUGAUUCUGGGUGGCCUUUCACUUUUGCGGGGGGAGGGGGGAGGAGUUCGGGAGGGAGGGGAUGAGGGAGGAAUGAAGACAAAUAUUUCAGACUGGUGUAAAGGACAAACACCACUAGGACAUCGAAUCCAUACAUCGCUUUCUGCAGAAGGGGCUCGUCCCGGCCGAGCUCGCUUCCAGGCCGCCUGGCCUCCGCCCCCUCCGCUAUGGUGGCCGUCACCUUGGUCCGACUGAUUAUCGGUUCGGUAAAUGCCUCCACGUGCUUGUGUCUUUUCCUCUUUCUUUCUUUCUGUCUCUUUAUUCUUUUUCCUUCUUUCUGUACAUAGAGUGAUUUCAGAUUGUAAAUAGCGCGUCGGCAAACUUGUCUAAAUCAUAUAUUUUUGUCUAAUAAACUAAGUGAAAUGCCCA